CCUUGUACCAUGGCGCGAGACAGACUGGCCCAGCUGAGAGCCCAGAGGCAGGGCGGAGCCCCUCAAGACCUCGAGAUGGGGAACAUACAGCAGCCCGACCUCAUCAGCCCUCCAACCAGCGCAGCCUAUGGGAACGGCUACGGAAUGUCGAAUGGUGCGGACGCGAUGUCUGCUUUUUACACGGAGAUCACGUCCAUUCAAGAUGCCAUCUCGCAGUACAAUUCCAACGUCUCGCGCAUCUCUGAUCUGCAUAGUCGCAUCCUGAACAGCACCGACGAGAAUACCAAUCACAAGAACGAAGACGUUCUGGACGAUGUCGUCGCGCAGACUCGGGACUUGGGUAAUAGCAUAAAGUCGCGGAUACAGUCUCUCGAGGCCCAGCCUGCUCAGCCAGGCCAGGAUAUGAGAAUUCGCAAGAACAGAACAGACUUUGCGCGGUCCAAGUUUGUGGAAGCCCUGCAGAACUACCAACAGGUGGAAAGGGAUUACAGGGCUCGCUACAAGCAAAGGGUGGAACGUCAGUUCAGAAUAGUCAAGCCCGAUGCCACUCAGGACGAGAUUAACACGGUGGUUAACGACACGUCCGGUGGUGGCGAUCAGAUAUUCGCGCAAGCGCUCACCUCGUCAAGCCGUUAUGGCGAGGCCCGCGUCGCUUACCGAGAAGUCCAGGACCGACAGGCAGAUAUUCAACGAAUAGAGCAUACGCUGGAGGAGCUUGCACAACUGUUCAACGACAUGAGCGUAUUGAUUACUCAACAAGACGAGACUAUCAAUGCGAUUGAGACGCAAGCUGCACGAGUAGAGGAAGAUACUCGCGGGGGCCUGCAGCAGACCGAGAAGGCCGUUGAUCACGCGCGGUCCGCACGUCGUAAACGCUGGUUUUGUUUCUUCCUCAUUGUUAUUAUCCUUGCAAUUAUCGGCAUUGCUGUUGGCGUUACCGUCGGAAAGAAGUGAGCUUUUCGGACAUCGUAUUAUAUCUUCACGAUCUAUGUUCUCGACUUGUCAUGUCGGGGUGGCGCUCAUGGCACACUCCAUUUUCUACCAAGGACGACCAUGUAUUGUAGUAUUCGAAGGCUCUUCCUCUACUGCUUUCGAGCAUACCCUUUAAUUCCCCUAAUAAUUACGACAAACCCCACGAUGCUACUGCGGAGCCUCUUUUCCUCUUCCUCUUCGUUCUGGGGCACGCUUCUAUCUAUCUAUACGGUGUACGAAAAUACUAACGAGUUCAUGAUACUUGUCCUCCAUUAACACUCCGUUAUGUUCUUCGCUUGAGAACUUCAAAUAACUCUCAACAUUCGCUCCGUUGAAAGUGUCCAGGCGCCGUAUCAUAGCCUCGCUUUGCAGUACGUCGACAAGCGGGUCCUUCAAUGAGUGGAGGAUGAGCCAUCGUAUGUGCUCUGCGCCUCGUCGUAGAUGGUAUCGCGACACGCUGUACUUGGCAUACGAUGCCUUCCCGCUGAACGUAUUCGAGAUGAACCACUCUUUGUAACCCGGAAACGACUGAAGGAGAAGGUCGAUGUCGUAAAUGCCUUCUGUCGCGAUGACACCUCGUACAGAUGCCACUAAUGCGUCGGACGGAGUUAAGGAAGGGAAGGCUGCUGGCGAGUCGACCGAGGGGACGAGGAGGAUAGAGGCUAUCAUGUGUGCAGAGCAGCUGUGUCCCACCAGGUACAGUCGGGAUGUAUCGUAUGGACGAUGUCUUGCGCCAUGGGGACCCUCCCAGGCGACUACGAACUCGAGGAACGCCAGGAGGUCCUCAGCAUGGGCUGGGUGUUUCAGCUGCGUCUCCGGCGUGGUCAGUCGGUAGUUCGGUGCGGCGACCGGGCACGAUGUCCCUCGGACGUAUCGACGCACAAGCUCGGCAUGCUUGGCCUUGUCUUCCGACCUCCAUGCGCCUCCAUGCACAAAAACUAUGAGAGGCCCUGGGUUCGCCUGGUCGCUUGGCACGUAGAGGUCAAACUCGUGCCAGGUCCCAUGUGCAGAGCCUUUGACAUAGGGUAUGUCUUUGUACUCCUCCAUGGCGGUUUGUGGUAGA